CUGUUCAGUUAGCAAAACGAUAUGAAGCAUGACCACGGAAUUAAACAAAGAGUUUUCGUCAUCAACAAUGACCGUUCUCGCUAACGCUCCCGCUUGCAUUUACCCACACACACACACAUACAAACACCUAAAAGCACAAUCAGCAAUAUCCGAGCUCAGCUCACCCAGAGAACUUCUUGUAUGUUCCCUGGCUCAACUAUGCUAAGCCGAGCUGAGCAGGGCAGCUAGCAGACAACGCUUUACGAUUUCGCCGCUAAGUAGAACCGUUAAUGAUCGUUAAGCACCGUCGACGAUGGACGCAAACUGCGUUGCUGCGUUGCAACAGACCACAAUUUCAUAAAACGUCGACGCGCCGCCGUCAGAGUGGGCGACUGCGGUUGAACGGCGGCUUGCUCCGCUAUGGCGCUCAGCUAGGCCGCGCAAACGGUCGCCAACUUGGACACAAAGCGGUCGCUUUGAAACGCGCUCGCUGUGAAAUAUUAAACAAGCAACGCACUAGCAGUUAACUGCUAUGCAAAUGCAAUCGAGGGUGCUGCAAUUGGACUAGUGAAUUAAUAAAAACGAUUAGCAGACAUAAAAUGUCACAAAAAUAUAAGUUAUAAUUCGUUGUAGCGCGAAGAGUGCAAUGUGCAAUACAAAUAUUUAAAAUCAACAUAGAAAUAAAUUCAGAUAAAGUAUAAAUUAAAACAAAUACAUAACAAGAAAUCGGUAAUCGGUGAAUGAUUUUAUGUCAUACUUUCAAUGUCAGAUCAUUAGAAGAGACCACAGCAAAGUUGCGCGCGUGUUUGAAUAGCAUUCGGCCCUUGCGGGCGGAUAUCACAUACUAAAAAAUAUUUGUAUUCAUAUGUAACCGAUUAUCUUUUGUAUUGGCUUUGUAAGCGCUUAUAUACAUGCAUAAAUAAAUAAUUAAUUUAUCAGCGUUGAUGCAGUUCAGUUGUAAUGGUGAUAACACAAACGAAAUUUACAGUGAAAAAUUUGUAAGCGCAUUUGUACUAGUAGUAGUUUGUUGGUACUGAAAAUAUACAUAUGUAUAUGGGAGCUCCAUAUGCUUGUUUCUACGCAUUGCAGGCAUAUUUCUAUCCAAGUGUGGUUACUUACACUGAUUAUACACGUAUGUGCAUUGUGGUUAAUUGAUUAUUGCGAAAUGCGGGUUAAAUAAAAAUUCUUUUAUAUAAAAGAAACUAUAUGUAAAGAUAAAUCUGGCCGCCAAUUUUUAAAAAUUGUCGUAGAGCAGUAGAGAAGGGAGCAAGCGAGUAAAUGCACUUCCAUUAAAUUUUUAUAUACAUAUAUUUCAACUGAAGCGGUGAAAAAACAAAGGAAUUUUGUGAAACAAAUUGAAAAUAAAUAAAAUUCUUUGGAGAUAACAAAAAUGCAUUGCCAACGAAGCGUAAUCCUCGUGGCGUUAGUCAUACUAUGUCUCAGCGGUGCGAUGUGGAGCUGUGUCAAUGCUUAUCAGGUGGGAGUGGGACGUGCUGAUUGUACGGGACCACCGGUGGAAAUACAUUUCAUGGGUUUCGCCAACCUUAAACAAGUGGGACGCGGUCUGCACUUGCGUCAAUUCGCGCGCGCCUUCGUCGUCGAGGAUGAAAACCACAAGCGCGUCGCCUUUGUCUCCGUGGACGCGGGCAUGAUGGGUUACGGCGUCAAGCGCGAGGUGGUAAAGCGUUUACAAGCGCGCUAUGGCGAUAUAUACACGACGGAUAAUGUGGUUAUCAGCGGCACGCAUACUCACAGCGGACCCGGUGGCUUUCUCAUGCAUUUAUUGUACGAUAUAUCGAUUUUGGGUUUUGUGCCGCAGACUUUCGAAGCUCUUGUACAGGGUUGUUACUUAAGUAUCAAGCGUGCCACCGACAAUAUGGUCGAAGGUAGGAUCUUUCUAUCACGAACCACUAUCCUAAAUGUGAACAUUAAUCGAUCACCAACCUCUUAUUUGCGUAAUCCCGUGGAGGAACGUGCGCAAUAUGAACACGAUGUGGAUAAGGUGCUGACGCAAUUGCGUUUCGUCGAUUCGGAGAAUACUUUAUUGGGUGCCUUUAAUUGGUACGCGGUACAUCCGACAUCAAUGAAUAAUACGAACAAAUUGGUGACUUCUGACAAUAUGGGUUAUGCUUCACUGCUUUUGGAGAAGGAGUACAAUACGAAUAAAGUGCCCGGAAAAGGUAAAUUUGUUGGCGCAUUCUGUUCAUCGAAUUUGGGCGAUGUGUCACCAAAUAUUAUGGGUCCGAAAUGUUCGAUUAGUGGAAAUGAUUGUGAUCUACUUACUUCAAAAUGUCCGCAAAAAGAAGGCGAAUGUUUUGCGUCUGGUCCAGGACGCAAUAUGUUUGAAAGCACUGAAAUUAUAGCAAGUCGCUUAGCUGAUGGUGCUUUGCGCUUACUAAACGAUAACAGUCAAGAGACGACAAGCCGCGAAAUUGUAGGCGAGUUGUCCUAUAUUCACCAAUUCGUCGAUAUGCCUAAUUACAAUGGCUCCACAUAUAACCCACUACAAAGAAAACUGGACAAGAUACGUGGUUGCCUGCCCGCCAUGGGUUACAGUUUUGCUGCUGGAACCACGGAUGGACCGGGCGCGUUUAGUUUUGAACAGGGAACCAUUACCGGCAAUGCAAUGUGGAAUGCUGUGCGCGAUUUCAUAGUACCGCCAACACAAGAAGACAUUAGCUGUCAUUCACCAAAGCCUAUAUUGCUGGCAACUGGAAGGGCGACAUUCCCCUACGAGUGGCAACCGAAAAUUGUGUCUACGCAGCUGUUGAAGAUCGGGGAUCUGAUAUUUGCCGCUGUGCCUGGCGAAUUCACCACAAUGGCUGGACGUCGUUUGCGUAAUAAGAUUAGCGCCGUGGCUGUGGCAACUGGUGGCAAAGAUACAGAAGUCAUUAUCGCAGGUUUAUCGAACAUUUAUACUAGCUAUAUCACAACACCGGAGGAAUAUCAAGCUCAAAGAUAUGAGGCAGCUUCGACAAUUUUUGGUCCCAACACGCAUACCAUCUAUAUGGACGUAUUCGAGCAAUUGACCAAAGCAAUGAUACGUGGCGAGCGCCUGAUACCUGGACCCGCACCACCAUACAUGAACGAUCGCAUGCUGUCGAUGAACACUGGCGUUAUUUUCGAUGGUCAUCCGAUCGGCAAGGAUUUUGGUUUCGUUAAGCUGCAGCCCAAAAAGAUUUACCAGAUCAAUGAGACUGUGGUAGUCACCUUUAUUGCGGGUAAUCCGCGUAAUAAUCUAUUUCAUGAGAAAACAUACUUUGCGGUAGAGCGUAAGAUCAACGAAGAACGUUGGAAAGUCGCCUACACAGAUGCCAGUUGGGAAACGAAAUUCAUUUGGGAGCGCGUUCAUCUGAUACUCGGCUUUAGCGACAUUCACAUUCAUUGGACCAUCGGCACCAACACUCUGCCCGGCGAAUACCGCAUUCGGCAUUUCGGCAAUUACAAAUAUAUUUUAGGUGGCAUUUUCCCAUAUGAAGGCAUUUCCAAUUCAUUCUUGGUGACGGAAGACUAAUCGCUGCUUUAUAUGUAUGCACACGUAGAAGACGACGAUUGGAUUACUAGUCAGAGACUGCGCUCAUCAGGUUUUACUGUUUCUCAACUACAUAUAUAGUACAUAUGUAAGGCACAUUCAUUUUAAUAUGUACAAUCUGUGUGGUACAGUGCCAUAAAAAUGAUACAUAUACACAUAUUUAUUUGUUUAUUAUUGUUAGUUGUGUAUAUAUAACGGAAAUGUAAGAAUAAAUCUAGAAACGACUGUUGUACUAAUAUGUAA